UGUUGAAGCAGAUCGCUUCCCUUCAUUGUGCAGGGUUGUUGCCCUUCAGUACAUUAAAGAAGGUCAAUACGCAAGAGACUUGAAUUCUACCGUGUCGAUGAUUCAGGAUUAUUUCAGUGGCAUUUCCCCAACACACGAUGGUCUGGACGUGGUCUUGAUCGACAUAGAUGACAUUCUUUCUUCAAAUCGUAGACUGCACCGAUAUGAUCGGUAUGGUGGUAGUGAUUUUGUGGAAGAGGCAAAGCAUCUGAAGCAGAUGUUUAUUCUGAGAUUAUAUAUGGAACUUCAUGUUGGUGGUUGGCCUUUGAUUCUGCUCUCAAGAAAACCGGAGGCAGAGCGAAAUUCUUCCACAGAGGAUCUUAUAUCUGCAAGAGAGACCACGAACGAAGACUAGGUCCAAAAAAAAAAA